CUUAAUGAACUAAUAAUAAUCUACUACAUACAAGGUAAUAAUUAUACCAAUUUACAAUGCGAGGAUCACAUCGUGGAUUUCUUCUUCUUGCAGCUUUUGUACUUCAUUUACAUUACGUGACAAGCCAGAUCUUUCCUUGCAACACAACGACUGAACUUCUUUAUCAAUGUAAUGACGAGAAAACUUGCGUCAAAAGAAAUACAUUCUGCAAUGGAACCUCAUUAUGCCCUGACAACAGCGACGAACAUUUUUUUAACGAAUCUAAGUCUAGCGAGUUGGGAAUGAAAUGCCAAUAUCUACGACAAGAAAGAAUCGAUAAACACUGCCAUCUACCGGAUAGAUAUUUAUGCGACCAUGAGAUGGAUUGCGUCGGAGGUCUAGAUGAAUGUGGCUGCCCUCACACAUUUCACUGCGAUAACGGAGAUUGUGCGAUAAAGGUGACAUUUUGCGAUGGGAGGACAGAUUGCGCUGAUGGGACAGAUGAAAGAAAAUAUAACAGGACAACGAAGAUCGGCUUCCAGUGUCCAGUAACAAGCACACACGAAACGAAUAAUUGCAUUCUACCUGACCGGUAUGUUUGCGAUGGCGAGUCGGAUUGCGAUCUCGGGAUUGACGAAUGCUUUUGUGACUUCAGCGCUGGAGGAGAGAAAGGAGUUUACUUGAAUGAAUCGUACUCGAACGAAAAAUGUUUCCGAUGUCUUGAUCGAUCUCUCAUUAUCCCUAUAACACAAGUUUGUGAUGGAAUCGUGCAUUGCCAGGAUCUGUCUGAUGAAUGUCUAUGCACAGAUAAAAAGAAUUACACUAUGUUGGAUAUCUGUGGAUCAGUAUGUGACGGUACUGAUUGCGAUUGCAAAGGUGAAAUUACAUGUUCGCAACAAAGCACGGUGACAACUUUUAUGCCAUCGAUCAGUGAUAAAGUCUGUCUGUCUUCUGAAGCAAUCUGUGACAGUGUAAUCGACUGUACAAACGGAAUAGACGAAAUGUAUUGCGCCGAUAACGAUCAACUUUUUGAAUGCUAUGACAAGAAGACGAAGAUUAAAAAAUCGUUGUUUUGCAAUGGAAUACCAAAUUGCGCCGAUGCUUCAGACGAAAUGCAUUGCAAGGAAUUGACUAAUUAUUUCUGCAGAUAUUACAGAAUAAAUUUUCCGUUUAUAUCAGACUGGGACAACGUGACACAAACAAGUCAUCAGUGGGUUGGCAUACCACCCGGCAGGGAACUUCCACCUGAUUAUCCAUUUUACACAACUCGAUGUGAUGGAGUACCGAUGUGUGGGGAGUUGGAUGACGAAUGCUAUGCAAAAGAAUGCGAAAGUAACAGGCCUGGAUAUUGUAAAUUUGUAUCCGGAUUUGGCGAAGCAUUUAGAUGUCCAGUCUCUGGAUCCCUAAUCGUAGGACGGGAGAUUUGCGAUGGAAAACCAUCAUGUAAUGAUACAACACCUGAAGUAUCAGAAGACGAAUUGUUUUGUCCAAACAGAUUUUACUGUGCAAACAAAGGCUCAACCAGACGACCCAUCCAUAUUCCUAUGAGUGGACAAUGCAAUGGCAUCCAGGAAUGCGAUGAUCAAAGCGAUGAAUUGAACUGCAGUGAUGUCUCGCAUUUUUACUGUAAAGAUAAGGGUUCGACAUUGUUCGUUAGACGUUCUGAGGUCUGUGACGGAACUCAAGACUGCGAUGAAGGUUCCGACGAAUGUCAGAAUUGCAAUCCGAGUCCUUUCUCGUCUGAUAAAAGUUUAAUCAGUUCAAGAAUCCUGAUUGUAUUCUUGUGGAUUAUUGGUUUGGUUGCUGUAAUCGGAAAUCUGCUGGUCAUUAUCCACCAAUUGAAGAACCUGAUUCGUCCCGAUGGAAACCAGAGCACGGUUGCAAAAAUCAACAGAACUCUGGUCUUGAAUCUUUCAUUGUCGGAUAUCCUUGUCGGGAUUUAUCUGGUAUCUCUUGGAAUACAAGAUGCAAAAAUAGGAGAAUAUUGUUUGUUUGAUCAGGAAUGGCGCAGUAGUAGCACUUGCUCUGCUCUAGGAACGAUUGCUCUCAUUGGAACGGAAACUUCGGUGUUUAUAUUGAUGAUCAUGACGGCUUAUAGAUUGUACCUAGUUGUAAAGCCUUUCAAAAAUCAGAACACAAUCUUUCUCCAAGUUGCCAUCGUUGUUGCUUGGUUUUUCUCAUUUCUCUUGGCUUUGCUUCCCUUUGCUGAUUCAAUGUCUGACUACUUUGUUUCAUGUGUUUGGUAUCGCAACAAUGAAUUCUUUGGACGCAUUUGUCAUCCAGAGUUGGUGUCGUUCACCAAGGAAUUGGCAAAACGUGGUGGAGAAUCAGAUCAAUUCACCGAUGCUGUAAGCGGUGGCUACACAUGGCGCAAUAUGAUCACAGCAGUCAAGGCACUCAACUCGACUUACGUACCAGAACGAUAUUUCGGAUACUACUCUGCACACAGUGUGUGUCUCCCUCGCUUGUUUCCAAACAGAGACGAAGACAGUUCGUGGGGAUAUUCGUUGUUUCUGAUCUUACUCAAUUUCUUUGCGUUCAUAUUCAUCCUCGUCAGCUAUAUUUUCAUCUACAGAAAAACGACCAGAAAGACAUCAGCAAACAAGGCUACAUCGGAGGAUCGUAUUAUUGCUCUGCAGAGAAAAGUUACACGAAUUGUUUUGACUGACUUCUGCUGCUGGAUGCCGAUUUGCAUCAUGGCUUUUCUCAAAGUGUCAGGAGUGCCUGUCUCAGAUCUUGCAUAUGCUGUUACCGCCAUAAUUCUGUUGCCUAUAAAUGCUGCAAUGAAUCCGUUCCUCUACUCAGACGUCUUAGACUGGGUUUGGGAAAAAAUGCUUCCUCUCCGUGUUUGGUUUAGAGGAACUGCAUGUGGACAAGGGAUUGAAAAGCAUUUGACCGAUAUGAGGCAAAGGAAUGGAACUAACACUGAUUCAGCUGAAACUCGGAACUCUCCACAGAAAACGAUCCCAAUUGCUAAUUUGGGUGUUACGGGAACAACUAACGCUCCAUCUACCGGUGGAAACCAGACAAGCAGUGGCCAACACAACACAGAACUCCCAUCGAAUGGACAUAAAAAAGAAGACACACAAAUCUAGUAGACGAGCGCUCCUCAUCCACAAAAGACUUGAACCACUCACAAAAGACUGGCUGUAUAUGGCUGUCGUUCAGCACAUUGCGAAACUGCAAUACUCAGAAGAUCUGUAUCAUUCCUCAGGAAAAUAUUAUUAAACACUUUAUAUUACAUGGAAUAUAGGCGACUUGUAUAAAUCUAUAGUGCGACGGAAAUGUCAUUAGAAAAGUUAAUAUAGAGUAAUAGAUAUAAUUGACAUAUCGCACACGAGUUCAAUAAUGCCUAUUGGGCCAAGGUUAAUAUUUCAGAGCAGGGGUGUGCAACCUUCAAUACAGUAUAGGACCAGAUACAAAUAACUGGGUGAAACCGCGGGCCGCACCUUUAUUUAACUCGUUUUGCGGGUCGCACAUCAUUCAAAAUUG